UGCUUCGCAAGUUCACUCAUUCACAUUCAACACUAACUGGUUUUCUCUGCCCUCUGCAAUUUGCCGUGUAGAUGUCGGGCCCACAGUGCUGUGCGAACCCGCCGACGUUGAGCCCGAGCAGCGGAGUCGGAUCGGUAAUUGAAUUUGGCGGCCUUAAAUCCUACGUGUCCGGCCCCUCCGAUUCCAAACUCGCCGUCAUCCUUGCUGCCGACGUUUACGGAUAUGAAGCUCCGAACUUGAGGAAAAUAGCUGACAAAAUAGCAGCUGCUGGAUUUUAUGUGGUGGUUCCUGAUUUCUUCUACGGGGAUCCGUAUGACCCUGCCAAUCCCGAGAAGCCUCUUCUUGUCUGGAAAGCACUGCAUGAACCAGCCAAAGCAUUUGAAGAUGCUAAACCUGUUAUUGAAGCUCUGAGAAGUAAAGGCAUAUCCGCAAUUGGUGCUGCUGGCUUUUGCUAUGGAGCUAAGGUGGUUGUGGAACUAGCAAAGUCCAAGCUUAUCGAGGCUGGAGUUUUCUUGCAUCCAUCGUUCGUCACUUUAGAUGAUAUCAAGGAGGUUAAGGCCCCACUAGCUAUUUUGGGAGCUGAGACCGACCAUCUCUCACCCCCCGAGCUUGUCAAACAGUUUGAGGAGAUUUUGUCGACGAAUUCUGAGGUUGAGAGCUUUGUGAAGAUAUUUCCGGGUGUUGCCCAUGGGUGGGCAGUGAGGUACAAAUUUGAUGAUGAGAUGGCUGUAAAAUCUGCCGAAGAAGCGUACCAAGAUACCCUCAACUGGUUUAUCAAGUUCGUCAAGUGAGAGGGGCCGUUUGCUUUAAAUAAGACUUGGAAUAAGUGAGAGGGGUCGUAGUGGUGGAGCCUUUUCGGGUUUUAAUCUCUUCUUACAUUGCUUCAAACAUGAAUUUUCAUGUGUGUGUAUUAGUCGUAAAACUGAUGAUACCUUAAUCAAAAGUGGAACAAAUAGUAUAGUUCCUUCAUACUUUUGUAUUGUAGUGGUGCUCAAAGUAUUAUUGAUAGAUGGCCGUGGUAUCAACUUAGGAACAAAUAAGGACA